UUCAGAUCUAGACAAUAGUGAAUAUCGGAGGUUUACAGCCUUUGCCAUCCUUGACAGACAACUUGCAGAAGGAUGGCUCCUCCCGUUAUCAACAGAUUACCCAUAAUCAGUAACUUGCUGAAAUGGUUCAAGGGCGACGAAUUGACGAUAGACAACCCACUCUUCAGACUUCAUCAUCAGGCUUCAACAUUCGUGAUUAUGUUCGGACUCUUAUUUAUUUUCCUCGAAAAUCAUUUGGAUGGUCGCGCUAUCAUCUGUCAGGGGGGAGACCAGUAUGCCAGGUCCUACUGCUGGAUUCAUGGAACUGCCUAUAUCCGACCUCACCUGCAAGGAAAGGCUACUGGAUGUUUCGUUGAUCAGAGUAAAAUUGAUUCUCCAGAGGAUGCCCCUGUCACAGCAUACUACCUCUGGUUGCCCUUCCUUCUCACAUUCUGCUUCGGGUUCGCCAAGUUCCCCAGGAGCAUCUGGAGGAACUUCCUGGAGGGGAACAUGAUCAGGAACAUUAUUCAGGAUCGUGACCCGAGUACAAUUGCUCAGAACUUCUUUGAUUUCCGACCUCGCUAUGCUCGCUACCAUUUCUACUUCGGGUUCUGCGAGUUCUUGAACCUCUUCAUGGUUUUCCUCAGCGUUGUCAUCACCGAUGCUCUCCUCCUCGGCAAAUUCUGGACGUACGGGCGUGAGGUUCUGAAUUAUAUCUGGUCUGUGAAGCAUGUUGGAGAAGACGGAAAAUAUCUUACUCAUGACCCUAUGUGUGAACUCUUCCCUACCGAGGUUGCGUGCUAUAUCCGUAUUGGAGCUACAACCGGAAGCAUAGACCGGAGCAACUACCUCUGCAUCCUCUCUAACAACCUCUUCAACCAGAAGUACUUCCUGGUCCUCUGGCUCUGGUGGUUGAGCAUCUCCAUCCUCUCCGUCCUGGGGAUCAUCUACAGGCUCGCCAGGAUUGCUGUCCCUGAUCUCUCCAGAUCUAUUCUGAUGCGGCGCGUGAAGGCCUGGAGACUAGAGAACCUUGAGCUGACCGGAGCAGAUUGUUUUGUUCUUGAUAUGUUGGCCGUCAACAUUCCUCAUAAUAUCAUGGAUCAGGUUUUGGCAGAGAUUGGAAAGAAAUCCUUAUUGAAGGCAGAUUAUGACAGUGUGGAUAAUCAUAAUCAAACUCUACCCCUUAAAAGUACUACAGCUCUUUAACAGCUGAAAGCUCUUUAACAGCUGACAGCUCUUUAACAGCUGACAGCUCUUUAACAGCUGACAGCUCUUUAACAACUGACAGCUCUUUAACAGCUGACAGCUCUUUAACAGCUGACAGCUCUUUAAUAGCGGACAGCUCUUUAACAGCUGACAGCUCUUUAGCAGCGGACAGCUCUGUAGAAGCGGUGAGAGCUAUAAACCUUCACCUGCCUAACAGCACAACAGCCGCUGUAAAUGUGACAUUUGUUGAAUUUUCCUAAAGAAAAUUUGCAAAAUGUUAGUUACUACUUACACUUCAAGAAAUCUCAAAUACAAUCUACUUAGUUUCUAAUCCUGUACAAUAUGCAUACAAACCGAGGUUAUUCUGUACAGUGUACAUGUAAUCUGUGCAGAGCAUGGUUAUUGAAUUUUGUGUACAUAAAACGAAAUUAUGAUCUGUACAUUCCGUACAGUAAAAACCCUGACCAAGAUUAUUCUGCAUAUUAAACCAAGAUUUUACUGGACACCAACAUUAAACCAAGGUUUUGGUGUGCAACAACAUUUAGAACAAUUUGUAAACCAGAUCUUCAAUGCUAGGUCUUGGAAACAUAUUUUACAAUAAGGAAGAUUUAAAACUGAAAACAAGGGACUUAAAAAAAUGCAAGGAAAUUGAACCCCCCAAUAUUCAGCCUUUUUUGACGGCUCUACCAACAUUAGUAUUGUAGGAUUAUGACAGUGCUGUUUUGUGUACAUUACACUGACGUAAAUUUUCUGUAGCUAAGUGAAUUCUCUCAAUCCGAGCA